AUGCACGGUAACACCGUAAUGGACAGGCUGUACGUUCGAAUUCGAGUCGGCCUUUGGCCGGUCACUUGUCAUUUCGGCGUGUGUGCUUUAGGGCCUCAGCGGCAUGCAGCGUUUCGGCCGAUCGGACAAAACCGACAAGGUCCAGGUCAAGACCUGAUGACCAUUUUUGAGGUCAUUUUUCGAAGGAAAAUGUCGGUUGCUGUUUUGUCAUUUUGCAUAUUCCACAACUUAAUGUUGCCGAGAACGAUCAUUAUCGUUUCUAACUGCAUCACUCAGUCUCAGGGCGCUUUGUGA